GCCAAAACGAGGUGCCACAGUGAUUCCCCAAACGCGUCCACGCAGCCGCAAAGCGUUCGUUUGCAUCAAUCAUCCAACAUCUGCAUCAAUGCGACGGCGAAACGCGCGUUUGCUGGGCGUCAUCGCCGCGUUGCUGCCGCUGCAGUCAGCCGGCUUGGUUGCACCGAAGCGAACCGCGGCGCUCCACAUCAGUGAGCCGACGCCAUCGCGGCGCCGGCUAGCUCUUGGGCCGGCGCGGCAACGAUCGCGCGUGUAUGCGGCGCCCAAGGAAGAUGAUGGAGACGACUCGAACCUCGUGGCGGCCUUGUCCAUCGCGGCCGCGGGCGCGUUCGGCGCCGGCAUUUAUGCGACGAUGGGCGCCGAGAAGGCCCUGGAGUUCAGCGCGGGGUACGUCGUCGAGCAGUCGUUGAGCGUGGACAACUUGUUGGUGUUUUUGGUGCUCUUCGAGUAUUUCAAGGUGCCGCCGGGCCCGAUGCAGGACAAGGCGCUAGCUUAUGGUUUAUACGGUGCUGUAGUAUGUCGAGCGGUCUUCGUGGGUCUGGGCGCGGUCGCGCUGGCGGAGUUCCGGGGUGUGUUGCUCGUCUUCGCCGGCAUAUUGCUCGCGACGUCCGCGAAGAUAUUGUUAGGCGGCGACGAGGACGACGACGAGGACCCCUCAAAAAACGCCAUCGUACGAUGGGUCAACUCGCAGUCGCUGGUGCCGGCGACGGACGCGUUCGAUGCCGAGGACCCGUCCCGAUUUUUUACCAUAGACAGUCAAGGUAUCAGACGGGCAACACCGCUCUUAGCGGCGGUCGCGUGCCUGGAACUGUCGGACGUGGUGUUCGCGGUCGACUCCGUGCCGGCGGUCUUUGGGGUCUCCGAGGACCCCUUCAUCGUCUACACGUCGAACAUGUUCGCCAUUCUGGGGUUGCGGGCGUGGUACGGCGUGCUCGCGCGGGCGGCGCAGGAGCUCGAGUACCUCGAGACGGCCGUGGCCGUGGUCCUGGGCUUCGUCGGUUUGAAGCUCGGGGCGGGCUACUUCGGCUACGAGGUCUCCACGGAGGCGUCGCUGGCCGUCAUCUUCCUCGUGCUGGGCGCGGGCGUCGCCGCGUCGGUCCUUCUUCCGGACGAGGAGUCGUGAAUCUGUGUGAGUCAUAAAAACUAGGUGUAUUAA